UACCACAGCUUGCCUCACUGCAUCUGUACAGUGACUGAGGAGGUAACCCUAGUUAGGAGUGCGUGGCUCUAUGUUUCAGGAAACAUCCCUCCUCCUGAAAGAACGGCAUUCAUGGACAGUUUCCCACCUACAGUGUUAGAAUCUGAAGACUCGGAUGUUGAGGAGGGUCCAGAUGUGGUCCGACAUAAGACCAAGAUUAUUUACCAGAAUGCUUUUCCAUAUAUUCACAUGGAACCACCUGAUGUGCUGUAUGAGCGGUGGGCUAAGGUAAAGCUGGAAACGAGGCAGGCUCUCGGACACAUGCUACACAUCUCUGCGUUCUGGUGGCACAUUCUGUUUCGGCAGCAGGAGAAUCACAGCACUACUGCCUGGGCGGUGGACAUGGGCUUCUUGGACUCCAAUGUUUCAAACGAUUUGAGCUUAAAAAGGCUGCACAGAAUUGAAGUCCUGGAGCUCAUCCUUAACACAAUAGAAAGAUGUCUUGCAGAUGCAGAAGCUGAGAGGAAAGCAAGGGAGCUGGUAUUAUUUAGCACCUCUUUUAAACUGCAAGAGGAUUGUCUUGUGGAUGCAGUGAAGUGGCUUGAGGAGUUUGGACCACCUGGCUUUAGCAGGAAACUUCUGGAUCUUGGCGCAAAGUCAAUACGCUAUCAUGUUCUGCAGUUCAUCUUCAUUGAGUAUGCUCGUUACGUUCAGGUGGUGUCAUGCAGCAAAAAGAAGAUGAUAAGAGAGCUGUCAGUAGAGCCAGAGCCGUGGAGUUUACAGAAAAGUGAAGAAAUGAAGAACAAAGGGAAUGAACAGUUCCAAAAGAAAAAAUAUGAUCUAGCAGUGAAGUGGUACACAAAGGCUAUUAAAUACCAUACCAACAACCACCUUCUGUAUGGUAACAGAUCUCUCUGCUUUCUUCGAUGUGAAAAAUAUCUGAAAGCGAUGGGUGAUGGCAAGAGAGCUAUUAUUCUGAAAAGAGACUGGGCAAAGGGCCAUUAUCGCUUCUGUGAUGCUUUAUUCUUUCUGGGAGCUAAAGAAAAAGCAUUGGAAGCCAAUAUGUUAGCUCAGAACUUUUGCAGUGCUGAUCCAGAAGGAAUGAGAGACCUCCACCAGCAGUACAGCCGCUUUGUGACGGAGCCUUAUGAAGUAAAAGCUGAAGGAAAACCAAAGAAAACGGAGACAAAGAAAGGAUUCAGUAAAAGACAUGAAGGGGCAUGUGGACUCGAUUCGUCAGUCCAACACGUAAAUCCUCAGAAAGACGCUGAGGUAGCGCUUGGAUCUUGUACUGAGGAGAACAAGAAAGCAGAAGAAAGGAUGGAGCAGCAGGAACCCUCAGGGAAACCCAGAAACACCGAGGAGAACUUAGAAGCCCCAAACGACGUGAAAAGCGAAAUGGGAGAUCGAAAGACCAAGACUUCAACUCCAGUAAAACAGGCUGUCAGGAGUAAACACCCACCUGCGCAGGAAAAGCCUCAGCACAGCAGCAGUGGACCAGGCAGUAAGGAGCAGUUCUGUGCAGCAGUGCUGGACGCUCAUACAGCACUCGCUGACCAGCGUUGUCGCAAUGCAGAGCAAGCGUUCUCUCUGUCCCUCAGCAUUCUGGACUCAACUGGGACCAAGGACCUUGGCAUAACUGAGCUGGACAAAUCCCUGCUGCUCUAUGGCUAUGCUAUGGCUCUGGUGGAAAUUGGCCAACCAGAGGAAUUGGCAGAAGCUCAGAGGCAGUUUGCUAAAUUAAGCUCAUCAGAGGACAGAAAAUUUCAGUGUUUGGUUCACUUCGGAAUUGGAAAGGUUUUUCUUAAGGAGAACAGAUUUUCCAAAGCCUUAGAAGAAUUUUCGAAUGCUCUUUUGAUGGUGCAAAGGCAGAUCACACCUGGAAAACUCACCUGGCCCACCACUAAAGUAACGGUUGAAGAGACCAGACCGGAGUAUUUAAAGGAACAGCUUAUGAGUUUUAUUGAACUGUGUAAAUUUGCACCUAAGCCAGAUGCGAUUUGCCGACAUCAACAUUGUCUGGGUCAUGCCGUUGAGAUCUACUUCACUGACCCGGACUUUAAGGGUUUCAUUCAAAUUUCAUGCUGUCAGAGCUGCAAGGUGGAGUUUCAUAUCAGUUGCUGGAAAAAACUCAAAGCUGCUUCAUUCGCUGAUAAGAACGAUAAGGACUUUCUUCAGGAUUUGUGUUUUACUCCUGACUGUACUGGUAGAAUCUGUCACAUUGUAAUAUUUGGCUCAACUGGACUUAUUAAGUGUAAGUUUGAAUCGUCUAUUCCUAAAAGCAAAACUCCUGGAAGAUCGAGAGUGAAACAGAAAUGUACAAGUCUUAAGAAGUUGAAAUCUAAAGAGGAUCGAAAGCUGAAGAGGAAACAACAGAGAGCAGCUGCAUCUGUCAGCAAGGAUGAGAUGAACAGCGUAUCGUCCGAGGAGGGAAAAGACCAUAGAGAAACACAGAAAGCAUUGCCGAAGGAUUACACUAUAUACAGAGAUCGUGUUUUACAUCAAAUUUAUGAAAGCAGAGAACUUUUUAACGAUGAAAUACACAAUAUUUCUACCAUGUUGGUGAACCUGAGGCCGUGGAUGGAGCUGGAUGAGGCUAACGGUCAUGAAAGCAUCUUAAAGAACCGUACUGCGCCUAAAGUUUUGAGGGAGCUGGUGGAUCUGCUGUUGGAGAGAAACAACCGUGUCUGGGUCCGACUUUUCGUUCAAAAUCUCAGUGACUGCCUAAACAUCAAACCCAAACUUCACGACUGGGCUCAGCAGCUUGACAGAGCCGGUCUAAAAGCUGCAGAGAAGUUUAUUGAUUGCUACGGUGAUCGUCUGGAUGAGCUGGAUCUAUCUUCUCUACUCACAUUCUCUCCACUACAAGAUGUCCUGAUUGAAAAGUUUGGAACCAUACCAGAACUGUUUGACGGCACAGGCUUUACUGUAACGGACUACCUCAGACAGGCCCCGCCGCAGGAAAUGCGUCUGUUCAUUUGGACUCUAGAGGAGCACCGAGAGCGCUACCCUACCUGCUUCACUAUCCUUGAUGAAUAUUUUGAAAUGGAUGGUAUAUGUUUAGUGAUUAAGAAGAGAGAGAAUGAGGACCAGUUAAGUUCAGUUUAUAAGAGUAAAAACAAAAGUCGAAAAAAGAAGCAGAAAGAACCAAAGUCUGUUAUUGUUCUGUCGGGGAGGAGAAGUGGAGUCCUAAGAGAUGAAGAGGAUGAAGAUAUUUUCUCUGAAGAAGAUUCAUUGAUGCUGCUCGAUGGCACUGAUCCUUUCAGCAUUCCAGAUCGCUUGAGGGAGCGAGUAGCCGAGUUUGAGGGGCAAUAUGUUGGCUCAGGACGGCUAAACAACUAUAAGAGAUUUUUGGACAACAACCCAGACCCUACUAAAGAGACUUUAUAUGAUUACUUUGCCCAGAUUUUGGAGGAGCAUGGUCCCCUAGAGGCAUCAGACCCGCUGCUGGUGGGCGAGCUGGAGAACUUUCCCAUCGAGGCUCAGCGAAUGAUCGAGGCGGCUGGAGGGCUCGAAGGUUUUCUGCUCGAAUCUCUCCGAUUUGUUAUGACUGAAAAUCUUAUCGGACUGAUGACGCAUGCGGUGUCUUUGCAGCACACUGUUGCUGACGAUGCAGCUGGAAUCUUAGACUAUCGCCCUCAAUCUUACAACCGGGAGGAUUUGGAAUCCAGAGGAUCCUCUCAUCUCAACCCCACAGCCAAAGAGUUUAUGCCCCAGUAUGAGCAUUUUAGUCUGAGUGACAAUAAUGCAUCUUAUGAUGUUCCUCCUCUUCUUGCUGACAGAGAUUGCCUGGCUUCAGCUCUCUCUGAGCCACAUAACUCUCUUCCUGGACCUUGUCCCACGCUCCCCGAUCCACGUGCUUUUGGUUCUGAAUUAUCUCAUAAUUUUGAUUAUACGUUUUUACCACAAGAUACAAAUGUUUUUGAAAAUCUUAAAGCACGAGAAGCAGGGUAUCCUGAUUAUCGCCUCGACACACCUCUGAAGGAUCUCGCCUUGGAUAUUAACAACGUCAACCCAUACAAUGAGCAAGGAGGAGGAGAACCCCUUCCAGGGAUUAUUUCUAACGAAGCUACAAGACAUGAGACUAAAACAGUGUCAGUUCAGACUCUAGGAUAUAACAGAGAGACCAGUGACGAUGUUGCUGUUAAUACAGAACCAUAUGCUUUGUUUGAGAAGAAUAAAGGCGAUAUGACCCAGAAAGAAAAAAACUGCGUAAAAUUUGAAAAACACAUUUCGGAGAGGAAGGACACACACGAGUCUCUCCAAAAGAAAAGAAAAGAAGAAGCUUCUGAACUUCAGGCUGAAGUGGAACAAAUCCAACAAAUAAUAAAGAUCACCCACACAGAACAUGGUUUACUCCAACAAAAGCUUGAGGAGGAGGUCCGAAAAGAUCAGCAGGAGAAGAGAGACAACCAAGAGACGCUAAAAGCAUUGAAGGGGGAAAUCAAAGAGUUGGAGGAUUUGCGGGAGAGUUACUCUAAGCAAAUCCAGGAAAAGAACGUGGAGUAUCAGACAGUGCUGAACCAUUUCCUUGAGAAAAGUAAUCAGUCUGCGGCUGAGAAGAUGAGUCUAGAGGACGAGAUUAAAAGUUGCAGAGAUCUGUGUGCCAAAGCAACCCUUCGAUCACUAGCAGCACAGCUGUUUGUCCUGCAGAACAGGCGAGAACAUGGCUUGCGUGGGUUGAGAAAGUGCGUGUCAAACGGGAAGGCCAUUCUACAGAACUUGACAGAGGUAUCAACCAGGUAUCCGUCUGGAGCCCUGUUCUCAACAAUCGAGGCCUGGAAGUCAUGUGUGCAGGAAGCUGAGCAGAAGAUUGCUGGGACAGAGGCACAAUAUGAAGAACAGAUUGAGCAAGUCGAAAAGGGCACCAGACUGUGUUCUCUUCCUCUGCUUGUGGUUCCCAGUGCUCCUGCUCCUCCUCCUGUACCGGCCUUUUUGCUUCCUCCCUCCAAUCACCAGCCUGUUCCACAGCAGCUCCCUGUAAGGCACAUGGUGCCACACGCACCAUACGGAGCACAGCAGCAUCCUAUUAGACCCCAAACGCACCCAGCAGUGAACACGCCCCUGGCCCAGCCUGCUGAGAGAGCUACACAUACACCUCCAGCACCCAGUGCUCCUGCCACUCAUACAGAGGCUCCUCAGAGACCUGCUGCCCCUGCAGCCCCCGCAGCUCAAGCACCAAGGGCUCCAACCCCAGUUCAGCAGCACCUUGGUGUGUUUGAUAGGAUCGUAGACCGCCUCAGCUCCAUGUUCCCUCACUACAGCAGGCCAGUUCUGAGCAAGUUCAUUCAGGAGGUCCGCACCGCUAAUGGUGGCAGUCUGAACAUGCUGACGUACGAAGAAGUGAUCAACAGAGUCGCACAGCUCAUCCUUGACCAUCAGGAGAACUCACGAGAGCAGAUCAGUUCGUUGAGUGGGGAUCUGGUUGGUGAGAGAGAGAGUGCAGUACCCAGUCCAACUCCCUCUACAGACACUUGCAGGGCUACUCCAACUCCUCCACCUGCGCAUGUGUGGAAGACCGUGUCCUCUCAACAUCGCAACACCUCUAAAGCACUGAACAUGGAGGACCCUUGUAUUAUCUGUCAUGAGGAUAUGGCACCUGAGGACCUGUGUGUACUGGAGUGCCGCCACAGCUUCCAUAGAGAGUGUAUAAAGUCAUGGCUGAAGGAGCAGAGCACCUGUCCCACCUGCAGAGAGCAUGCGCUCCUACCUGAGGACUUCCCCAUGCUGCCGGGGCGACACCGCCGAGGACAUGCACCUGCAACGUCCUUCUCUUAAUGUACAGACACCUCUGAAAUCUGUGCAUAUAUAAACUGCAUUAUGUGCAUUUGGACCAAGACUAUGACCAUUUACUUGUUUUAUGUGCCUUUUCUGUUGAUCAUGCAGUGAGUUUUUUUUCUUGAAUGUCAUGAUAAUUACAUAUUUACAGUCAAAAUAGUAGAUUUUCCAGGGCUGCAUGUUAUCACGGUCUUAAUUCUUCAUCACUGUACUCAUUAAGGAACGAUCAGUUCGUUAAACUGUUUUAAUGGUUCGUUUUUUUCCCUCAGUUGUGGUUACAUUAUGCUGUUGAGGAGACGUACUGUUUACCAGCUUAUCAUAUGUAUAUAUAUUUUAAAUAUUAUUUUAAAUAGUUUUUCAUUAAAAAUCCAGGGGAAAAAUGGCA